CACACCCGCAUGAUCUUCCAUGUCUGAAGAGAAGAUUGUCGGCGUGGGGAUCGUUUUCGACGAGAAGGAGGGUGGGACGCCUCUUCGGAUCGAAAGCCUCGUGCCGGGAUCAGGCGCCGAUGCCUGUGGCGAACUCAAACAAGGGGAUGAGCUCUUGACGAUCGAUGGCAUCGAGGUGGAAGGGAAGUCGGCAGCCGAUCUCGCCAAGUACUUUCAAGGGCCUGCAGGAAGCACCGUGAUCCUGACUUUAAGGAGGAAGGAGUCUGAGGACGAGGAGAAAGAUGCGAACUUGGAGGACGAAGUCGUGGUCGUGGAAGUCCCUCGAAUUGAGUUCUCUAUCAAUGACGCACAGUUCGUUCCAUGGAUCAACUUCCAGCCGUCAGACUCCGAGGGGAGCCGCUCUCGCUUCAGCGAGGGGAUCAGAAAGGGGGCAGACCGGCUAUGGGCAGGAGUUGCUCCCCUGCAAGGAUCGUUGAUGAAGCAGAUGAAGAACCUGCAGACUUCAGUGCAGAACAACGCCAUUUUCGAGAACAUCUCCAACAGGGCUAUCAUGGUCAAGCAAGUGGCCACGUCCGCAGCCCUGCCCGUCCUCAAGAACAUCCAGAAGGAGUUGGCCCCGCAGGUAGACCCGAAGCCCAAGGACUACUGUAUGUACCUCUACACGUUCCCCGACAAAUUCGUCAUCAUGCCUCCCGUGCUUCCGACCCCGAGCAGCGGCGCGGCGAAGCGGGAGGCUGUGCUGAUAGACCGCUCCUCUAUCGAGAUCUCGUCCCUUGCGGUGGAGGAGGCGGAGAGCAUGGUGCGCGGAAAGGCCAAGGCAGAGAUCAUGGGGAUCCUGGGGAUCGCAAACCUGAUGCAUGCGAGCUACCUCAUCCUGUGUACGGGGAGGCAGAUGGUGGCGAGCAUGCACUGUGGAGUGAUCUACAAGGUCAGCUCGAGCAGCGUACGAGUACUUGCCAAGAAAUCCGACCCGAACCCUCUGGAGCUCUCGAAUCGAGCCAUCGAGUACAAGCUGCUGGAAGAGCUGCUGGACACGUUCAACAUGUUUUUCAGUUAUGAUUGGGAUGUGACGCAAACCCAGCAAAGGCUGGCAGAGAAGUUCAGAUCAAACUUCCACCAGUCGUACAACGGGACUUACGAGGAGCGAGAGAAUCGCUUCAUCUGGAAUCACAACAUCCUCAAGCCAUUCAGCGCCCUCCACCACACUGACUGCCUCCUGCCUGUUGUCAGUGGCUUCGUCGGCUUCCGCAGCAUCCCCCUGUCGAGCGACGAGACUGCGAGUCUUCUCGUCAUCGGUAGACGAGACUGGAGGCGAUCGGGCUACAGGUACUUGUCAAGGGGGGUAGACGCAGACGGGCACGUUUCCAACAGCGUCGAGACCGAACAGAUCAUCUCUCCUUGGACGAGCGCGACCAUGGAUUCCGCACAGGACGCGGCAGGGCCGAGCGACCGGGAGACUUCCGUCUCUUCGUUUGUGAUUGUCCGAGGCUCAAUCCCCCUCAUCUGGACGGAAGCAGACGCCUUCCUGAACCUCAAGCACAAGCCUAAGGAGCUGAGUGGGCAGUACGGCAAGCUCGCGAUCCUCUCGCUGGUGGAGCAGAAGGACUCGUCUCACGAGCGGCCGUUGGGGUUGGCGUACGAGAGGAUGGUGCAGGAGGCGAAGAAGGAGCUGGAGGGAGACAUAGUCUUCAUUCCCUUCGACUUCCAUAACAUCUGCGGGAAAUUAGCUUUCAGGAAUCUGCCGCUGCUUGUCAACGAAUGCUCAUCGCAACUUGAGUCCCACGGGUUUUGCUUGCUCAAGGUUAGGGAUGGAGGUUUGCGGGAGGACAGGCAGCAAGGUGGAGUCAUGCGAGUCAACUGUGUGGACUGUCUGGACCGAACGAAUGUCGCGCAGAGCGUCUUGUCCUUCCACAUCGCCAUGAAGCAGCUGGCAGCGAUCGGGGCGAUCAGCAUGGAGGACAGCGACGCGUGCCUGGCAGCCGUGGCGACAGAGACGAAACUUCCCUUCCCCUGGGCGGAGCAGAUGAGUAAACAGUUCAAGGCGCUGUGGGCCGACCAUGGCGACUUCAUCUCAGUGCAGUACUCCGGCACAGCAGCCCUCAAAGGCGAUCUCACCAGGACGGGCAAGAGAACAGUGGGGGGACUCUUCCAGGAUGGAGUGCUGUCGAUCAAGCGCUGCGUCCAGAACAAUUUUGCUGACUUCCACCGCCAACAGGUCAUCGAAGGCUUUCACGGCAUCCUCUCUUCUCCUGACUCCGAGCCUGUCACGCCCACGGGUGGCGACGCAAAGGAUGGUGCUGGACCAGAGCUGGGGUUGACCGGAGGGGCGGUCUCAAUCUAGCACAGUUAUUGUAAGAAAUCAGUUUGUCUCACU